GGGGCCGGCAGACCGAAAAGACUCGGAAUGGUCGUUAUACACAGAAUCCAUGCUUCUAUACUCUGCUCUCUCAACUGCGUGACGUACGUCAUCAAUUUGGGCACCAGUCAUGUCCGCAUAGGGCUAAACAAAUAUAUUCAGCACGUUGAUCUUGCGUUUGUUUUGUUAUUAGCCAGCCAACAAUAUUAAAAAAGUAAGACAGAAUGACAGGAAAAACAGCGAAAGACCUUUUGCAGAUGGACCUGUAUGGUCUACUAGAGAUUAAAGGCACAGCGACAGCGAAAGAGAUCAAGAAGGCCUACCGACAGAAAGCGUUGACAUGCCAUCCAGACAAGAACCCUGACAACCCAAAAGCAGCCGAGCUCUUCCACCAGCUGUCCCAAGCCCUGGAGGUGCUCACUGAUGCGGCUGCCAGGGCUGCUUACGAUAAGAUCUGCGCUGCCAAAAAACAAGCAGAGGAGAGGAACAACAAGCUAGAUGCUAAGAGGAAGAAGAUCAAGCUAGACUUGGAGGCCAGGGAGCGGCAGGCGGAGGCCCACAGCGCUGAGCAGUUCCAGAACACCAGAACACUGGAGGAGGAGAUUGCCCGUCUGAGAGAGGAAGGCUCAAGGCAGCUGCAGGAGGAACAGAGGCUGAUCAAGGAACAGAUCCAGAGGGAGAGAGAGGCUCAGCUCCACCAAACGGGCACAUCAAACUACUCAUCUACAGACGCAGCGGUUGGAAGACAUUCGAAGAGCAAUGUGACCCCAAAAUUAAAAUUGAAGUGGAAGUGUAAAAAAGAUGAUGACACCAAUGGAGGCUACUCUCAAGACUUCAUCUUUAGUCUGCUAUCAAAGUAUGGCAAUGUUUUAAAUGUUCUAAUAUCAAGCAAGAAGAGAGGAAGUGCUGUGGUAGAAUUUGAAACUGUCAAAGCGGCUGAACUGGCCUAUAAGAACGAGAGUGGCCUUACAGCAAACCCACUGAAGAUCUCGUGGCUUGAGGGCCAACCUGAAGUCAUCACUCCAGUAGCGUCGCCAGUUCAGCCAUCAACUGGACAGUACUUCCCACCAAUACAGGGCGCCCUGAGCAGCGAGCGGGACUAUGAGAGUGUGGUGCUGAUGAGGAUGAGACAGGCCGCGGAGAGACAGAGGCUGAUUGAGGAGAUGCAGAAAGAGGAUGAGGAGGACGCGGAAGGCUAGCGCCACCCCACUCUGCCUCUGAUUCAGUCCAGGGUGUUGUUUCUGGAAGCGCUCAACUUCUAAAGGUUGUUUCCACAUGAGCGGAUAUCUGCAGCCUCUGCUGCAAGUGCAAACUCCUCAUGUCUUGGAAAUCGUCUUUGAAGUGUGUUUUGUCAGCAGUGCAUUGCACAGCGCUUGGUUCCUUUAAAUGAAUCGUGGUCCAGUUCAGCCGUAACCCAAGAACACUCAACCAUAACGCUGAUGCUUUAGUUUCAUAAAGCGUAUCUCAUUGGUGUUCUGUAUUCUUUUUUUUCCUUCUUUUUUUUUAUAAAAUAAAUUCUGUUUAAUAAAACUAUUA